AUUUUUAAUAUUAUUUCUUUAGUGUCUGCUUGAACUUGUUUCUCCCUAUGUUCCUUCACACUGAAAGUCUGUCUGUUAGCAUAAGAGAUCUGUUAAAGGAUGGGCUAUAUAGUCUGCAGCAUUUCAUAAUUAUAAACUCUAAGUUGUAUAUAUUAGAAGUGCUGUAGAGGUUGCCAAAGUGUAGGAUAUGUACUGCGGUGUUGAUUUUCAUAGAGAUCAUUGAGAAAAGUUUUAACUGCAGUUCUGGUUGUCCCAGGAUGUAUUUUAAAUAGUGUUUCUUGGAAUAGUUGUGUUAAGGUAUAGGCACGUAUUUAUGAGACUUGGAAAUAACAGCUUAUUUUGCUGCUUCUUGGCUGGGACACACUUGUGUCUGAGUACGUGGCAACCCUGGAACUGAAGACUCCAUCUGUCCUGGAGUUUAAUCAAGGAAAUAGAUUUCAUUUUUUUAUCUUAAAUCUGAACAAACACACCAAUCUUUCACAGUAGUUCCUGAAGGAAACGCUAAUUGGUUAUUCUGUAGGAGACCUCCAAGUCAAGGGCAGCUGCCUAGAUGUAGUGUACUCCUUGGAAGUGUUUGUCUUUUGAAUGAAACUCAGAAGUGUGGGUUUGCCUCCCAACUACUACUCAGGAUUCAUAGAGUUCUCUUAUGACUUGACUAACUUGCUUCCAGUUGACCUCUGAAGAGCAUAAAGACUCCGUGCUAGGACAGAUGAAAUAUCCGCGCACCCCCUGUCCUGAUUCCGAGAGUCGGGGGAACCUGCGGGGUCAGGGUGGGUGUGCAGUGCAGCUCUCCCCCUGUUCUGUCCUGGCCACCACAGCCAGUGGUACUGUCUCUGUUCAGCAGCUCUUUGUGGAGCCUUUACUUUUGAAAGCAGCCCAUGCACCCCCGUUGUUAGCACUUCCUCCAAAGCAAGACCUAGUUGAUUUCAUUAGAAGAUACAAACAGGGAAUAAUAAACCCGGUAUCUGCCUUGCAUCAGUUUGCACAAAUGCACCAUGUACAACUUGAAUUGAAAGAAACUAGUGUGGCAGGUGAUGUCAUAAGGCCUUAUUUUACAUUUUGUGCUGUGUUAGAUGGUGUUAGCUACAAGGCUGGCCUGGGAAAAAACAAGAAGGAAUCUAAAUUAAAUGCAGCUAAACUGGCUCUUGAUGAGCUACUUAACUUGGAGCAUACAGGGGCAGAGGCUUCUGAGAAGUCAGAUCCUGCCUGUACUCCUGCUGAGCCCCAAACUGCAGCAAAUUCGGUUUACAUUUCAAGGAUCCGUUUUGAAGGAAGACAGCUUAUAUAUCAAAAACUUUCACAAACACUUGAAGAAGUAUUUAACAGCCUGACUACCGAAUAUCCGGAGUACCAAAGUUGUGGCAGUUCCCUGGCUGCCUUCAUCAUAGAAAAAGGUGGACAGCACGAAGUUGUAGCUCUAGGAACAGGAGAAUGUAAUUACAGCCGGUGCAUUCAGCCCUGUGGAAGAGUUUUGCAUGACAGCCAUGCCAUUGUUAUUGCAAGGCGUUCUCUAGUUAGGUAUUUUUAUAGACAUCUUAUGCUGUUCUAUAGUGAAAAUCCAGUGAGGACAGAGAAAUCCAUAUUUUGCCCAGCACCAGGCUCAAAGCUGCUUACCCUAAAGCAAAACACAACUAUUUUUCUCUACAUGAAUCAGCUGCCAAAAGGAGCUGCUCAGUUAAAAUCACAGAUCCAUCUCAAUCCACAGUCUCCAUCUGCUUAUGAAACUAAUGAAGACCUGAGUCUCCACGUUGCUAUAGAAGGCAAGAUUUACCUAAGUGUUUGUUGUCCACCUAAAACAGUUACAGCAACCAGUAUGUCAGCUAGUGAUAAAUUAACAAAAUGGGAAGUGGUUGGUCUUCAGGGAGCGUUACUGAGCCACUUCAUUGAACCAGUUUAUAUCAACAAUAUUCUUGUAGGAAGUGGAAAUUGCCAGGAUACAAGAGGGCUAGAAAUAGCUAUAAAACAGCGUGUUGAUGAUGCACUUACAUCAAAGCUUCCAAUGCCUUAUCUGGUCAACAGAUCUCACACUUACUUGGUGAAAGCUGCACACUCAAUUCAAAGAGACUUUAAACAGAGGUAUCUCAGUUUGAAUUGGUCGUUGUCAGAUGCAUCGUUGGAGGUUGUGGAUGCGUUAAAUGGAAAAACAACUGAAAGUUCACCAUUCAAAAGCGGCGCUUACAUGGCAAGUCGCCUUUGCAAGGCAGCAAUGUUUAGUCGUUUCAGAUUGCUUGCUAAGGAAGCAGAACGAGAUGAUUUGCUUCAAGCUGCAACAUACCACGAAGCUAAGACUCGAUCUGAAUUGUACCAGGAAGCUAAAACGUUGCUGCAGAACUACUUAGAGCAACACAGCUAUGGAUCCUGGAUUGUGAAGUCUUCAUAUACCGAACAGUUCACUGACUGACUGUGAGAUUGUAUGUAAAGUUGGUUUGGAUGCUUCCUUUCAGUAAAACAUAAUGCUGAUUAGUGAAAUGUUUAACCAUAGGGUUUAUAUUUGCAGCAAGAAAACAAUUCCAGAGCUGCUGCUUAUCAGUUUAAAUGCAGUUGUUAAAUCAUCUGUAACUGUUUAGGCUUUUCCAAAGGAAAAAAUCCUCUGUUUCCUUAUAGGUAGAAGUAUCAACUUUGCAAAUCUGUUUUGUUUUGCCACUCAGUGCCACUUCUUCUCUGGUCCUCAUGGAGUUAUUAACAUGUUUUUUUCCUUUUAGAUUCAGGAUUACUCUAUUGAUGAUUUCUUUUUCCCUGCCUUUUUUACAACUGUCUUUAAGAAAACAAGAAAAAUCAGUAAGUGUUUGAUUUAUUUAAAUUAAAAAGUGGUAUACCAAUGUGAGAAUCACUUUCAGGAACAAAAAUUGGCAAUCCUUUAUCUGUAGGCAUCCUUUGCUAGUCAGUUUAAGACUUUUCUUUUGUGUUUUUUGCCAUAUGACUUGUAGUUUACUACAUAUUGUUUAUGGUAGAAAGGUAAAAAAAAAUCUGCAUGUGCAAAUGUGAAACUUCAAAUUACCAAGAUGUUACUCAAGCUUUUUGUGACAAUCACUGUUUUUGGUAGUGGACUUAAAGCAUUUUAAAGGCAUCAAGGUUGUGAAUAACAACAUAGUGUGACAUAGUACAGAAGUUACCAGAAAUCAGGUUCCUUCACCUUUUGCCGGCUAUCCCAAAAACCAUUGGAUGUUAGUACUUGCAGGUUAGUUGGACUUCUCCACCCACAGACUACUUUAUCACUGUGAUGACAAGUCCUUGCAAAAUUGUCUGCAUACAUAAUAAUCUGGAAAAUGCUGCCUGUGGAGAGGACAGUUUCUUCCUUGUGAGUUAUGGUAAGAAAAGUUGAAUAUGUUGACAUUAUAAUGAUGUUUAUAGGGGUGUUGUUGAAUACCAUACUUGGGCUUCUGUGUGAUAUUGUGAAAUGUUAGUGUAUUGCAGCUAGGUAGUAUGCUUUCAUUCUGUUACUGGAUCUUUUUAUAUCCUACAAGUGUAGGAAGCUGUUAUGUAAUGUUUUCAUACAUUAGUAAUAGUAUACAGUUGUGGUGGUGUUUCACCUUCUUAUUGUUAAUCCAUUUUUGUAACAAGUACGUGGGUCUUUGCAAUAGGUGAUCUGUUGCUUUUCAAGUGGUUGAAAUUCACUAACUUGUUACUACUCUGUCCUUGACCAUUUUUUGCAAUUUUGCUAUUUAGUUUUCUGUUACUGUCUUGUAACCUGGGGGGAGUGGUGUGCUGGUGGUUGGUUUUUUUUGGUCUUUUUGUGGCACAUACUCCACAGAAUAUUUGCUCCAUGUAAUAUUUCUUUUCCAAGAAUGCUCGAGAGUGGCUGUCGUAUUCCAGGCUUAGAGCAUAGUGUUGCUGUUUUUCAGGAAUAUUAAACAAUAAAUUUUCUU